AUGGUAUGUACACGGUCCACCGGUGACCGUGACGAUGCAGCGGCAGGCGAUAAUCGGGUUGACCCCGAGGUCGCGGGAGAACAAAGCGGGGACGGCGCCAUCGCCGGAACUAGCGCAAGAGCUGUUGAAAAUUCGCAGCCUCUUCCUCCCCAGACGAUGGCGGCAGAUACCGCUAACGUCUUGCUGCAGGUGACAAACCUUGUUGCCGCGCUGACACAACAGAUGAAUGUGGUGCAAACGAGCUCGCAUUCCUCUUUUCCCCCGAGGCUCCAUCCGAGUAUGGCUGUCCCUACAUACUCGGGCUAUUCUGACGGGAAGUCGGUCACAGACUUCCUGUUGGAACUUGAGACCUAUCAGACAGCGUCCAAAGCGCCCGAUGAUACAGUGUUAAGGUCGUUCAGGGAGCACCUCAUUCACUUGCGUACUGUUCUGAGUAGAAUGAGGGACGCCGGGUUGACAAUUAAUCCGGAGAAGGUUCAGAUUGCAUCCCCUAAGGUGGAUCUCCUAGGGUUUGUAGUGGAUCGUGGCACACUGAGUCCGAACGAGGAAAAGUUGAGAGCUAUAAUCGAUUAUCCUCGUCCGCAUGACAUCAAGAGCUUGCAGAGGUUCUUAGGAAUGGUUGGCUUUUAUCGCCAGUUCAUUCCGCGAUGUGCAACUCUGGCUAAGCCACUUUACGAGCUGCUGCGGAAGAAUAUGCAGUGGUCUUGGGGUCCUAGGCAGGAGGAGGCAUUUUCCUCUUUAACACAAGCAAUAGCGGAUACAGCUAGAUUGUGGCUGCCGGACUUGAACAAGCCGUUCGUGAUGCAGACGGACGCGAGUGGUUACGGGGUUGGAGCAGUGUUACUGCAAGAGCAUGAGGGAGAUUUAUGCCCUGUCGCUUUUGCAAGUCGUACACUCACCCCGGCGGAAGGGAAUUAUUCCGUUACGGAGAAGGAGUGCUUGGCGGUGAUGUUCGGAUUGAAAAAGUUUGACAUGUAUCUGGAUGGGACGACUUUCACCAUUCAGACGGACCACCAGGCACUCGCAUGGCUGCAGCGGUUGAAGAAACCGGCUGGCAGGUUAGCACGCUGGGCGUUAGCGCUCCAGGGUUAUUCGUAUCAGGUACAGUACCUGAAGGGUAGCACGAACAAGGUGGCUGAUGCAUUGUCUCGUGCGCCACUGGGUUCCCGCUGUUCUGAUGCACAGAAGGAAUCCGAGUGGGAGGGCAGAGCUAUGCCCAGAGAUGAGUAUGAUGCUGGCCCGGUCGUACAGUCCGUACAUGGGGGCCGAGCAGACUCUCUUGCGGUAAGCGAGGAGGGUGAAAGAGAGACUGGUAACACAGGUAAGUGUGUAAGUCUCCGGAAUGGUUGUAGAAGCCAGACCGAGAGGGGACAUCUCGUGGCGGCGAUUGGUUCGAAUCCCGCGGGUAACUCCUCGGCUUGGGGAACGGUCGUAAGCAGGGAAGAGCUCUUAGAGGCACAGAAAUCAGACGGGUUAUGUCAACGGGUGUCUGGAAAGCUGGCGGACAAUAGUGCAGCUGACACCGGGAACGUUGACAGGGAUUUUGAUGGCUGCUUGGACUCAUACUUGUUGAGUGAUGACGGGCUCUUGCUGCGAUACGUACCCGGCUUGGACGAGGAGGACGAGAGUGUUUCCCCUUUCAGGGUGGUGGUUCCAAGGAGACUGCGAAAGGUAUUUAUGCGGUACUUCCAUGACUCAGCUCUGGCGGGUCACGGCAGCGGCAGCAAGACUUAUCAUAAGUUAUGUCGUGUUGUGACUUGGCCGGGUAUGAGGCAGGAUGUUAUGCGCUUUACCCGUAGCUGCCUGGUAUGUCAGAAGGCUAAGCCUCGAGGUGGUAAGCCUCCUGGCAUGUUGCAACCGGUAGUUAGUAGCUACCCUUGGCAUAUCGUAGCGUGUGACGUGAUGGGACCAUUUCCGAGAAGUCCACGCGGGAACCAGUACCUGUUGGUGGUCACUGAUCAUUUCUCUAAGUGGGUGGAGCUAUUCCCGCUUAGGAAGCUGGUGUCGGAACGAAUAUGGGACCGGCUGCUUGAGACAUUCUCACGGUUCGGGUUUCCGUCCCAGCUGAUUACUGAUAAUGCUUCCUACUUCACAGGUAGGGUGUUCGUCGACUCCUGUGCGGCCCUAGGGAUCCGGCACAAGAGAACGACUCCAUAUCAUCCCCAGGCGAAUAUCACGGAAAGGGUGAACCGCAACCUUAAGAGCAUGUUGGUGGCGUUAACCGACAAGCAUAAGGAUUGGGAUGAGCGUCUACCUGAGUUGGGCUUUGCAACCAGGACGACGGUGAAUAGGUCGACAGGGUUUUCUCCUGCGUACCUGAACUUCGGGAAAGACAUUAGUUUUCCGAUGGAGAACGUGCUGAGACAGACCACGCCGAUUGCUCGUAGCCUGUCGAAGUACGCGAGCGAGUUGCGUAGUCGGCUCUCGGACGCGGUGACUUGCGCAAGAGAGAGCCUAGACAUCGCUCGCACUGAUCAGGCGCUUCAGUACGAUAAGGGGCAUCGUGCCCUGUCGUACGAAGUCGGGGAUUUGGUCCUAAGGCGAACGCAUCCACUGAGCAAUGCUGCGAUGGGUUUUGCAGCAUCGUUUCUAGGCAGCAGACCACGACCAAAGGAUGGUGCCCCCCGCUCCCGUUCCGGGAGUAGGCGGGGCAGCGCAUGGGACCGACGGGUGCUGGAGCGACCAGUUCAGCCCGCUACUCCUCAGCGCCGGUCGGCAGCAACUUGGACGGCGCAGGUUGGGGAUACGACAGCCAGCUUCGUGUCCCACACGCGGUGGCGCCACCAGCCCAGGCCACUAAGGGGUGCAGAUCCGGACAGCGUGGCUGCCACCUUCCGGGGGAUGACUCUUCAAGACCGCUACCCCAGCGAGCCGGCCGCGGUCUACAGCGACGAGGAGGCUGCGCGUCUGUGCACCACGUGCGGGGGCCUGGUCAUCGACCGGCCUACACACGUCAGAGGUCCCCGCCACGCUAGCGCCGUCGCUGCCCUCGCUGGAGCCACGCAGAGUACCCCGGACGCCACGCCGGCAGCACCCGCACCUGAGAGGCCUGUGGCACCUGCUGCGGUCACCGCAGACCUGGCUGUCGCAGCCGCCGUCGAAAUCCUCCGGGCCUUCCGCCCGGACCUCAUCGCCGGGACGGACCCCAGAGGGACAGCGCCCAUCCUAGUGCCACAGCCGGCUGAUCCCGCAGUCGUGCCCGUGACUACGGGCCAAGACCGUAUGGCGGUCGACUCGUCGCCGAGCCCUGCGUCCCUGGACGAAGAUCUCCUCAAGUUCCUGGACCCCAAGACCGGGCCUUAG